AUGCAGCGGCGCAAGAGCAGCAAGCGCAGCGCGCCCGCGGCCAUGGCCUACUCGUUGGAGGAGGCGACGUGCAAGGGCCCGAUCACAUGGGCGGAUCCCGUUCUCGCCGUGCUUCUGGCGACGACGCUGGGCGUGUAUGGCGCGACCUUGUAUCCGAGCGUCGCGGGCGGUGAUAGCGGGGAGCUGCUGGCCGAAGCGUGCCACUUGGGCGUGGCCCAUCCCCCUGGGUACCCGCUCUACAGCAUGUUGAACCAUGUCGUGAUGCAGUUGCUGCCUGGUGGCCCGUCCAAGGCCUGGCGUGCCAACGCCUUCUCCGCGGCGUGCGACGGCCUGUGUGCGAUAUACAUCUACUGGUCGACGCUGCUUUGGCUUCCGCGGUACUACGAUGUAUGGAUGGUGCGCUGCGCGGGUGCAACUGCGGCGAUCGGCUUUGCGCUCAGCCCGCUUGUCUGGACGUACGCAGUUGGCGCCGAGGUUUUUUCGCUCAACAAUGCGUUCGCUGGCGCGCUUCUCUACGUCCUCCUUCGCUUUGCAACAGUGUCAUCGCCGUGGCCACUCGCCUACGUUGGCGCCAUUCUCUGCGGCCUCGCGCUCACCAACCAGCACACGAUCGUGCUCUUUGAGCUGCCGCUGAUUCCGUGGGUUCUGUGGACACUGCGCGCGACGCUGAGCCUGCGACGACUCGGGCUCCUUUGUCUUUGCUUUCUCGUCGGCCUCGCCCCGUAUGUGUACUUGCCGUUGACGUCCUUUCUGCAGCCGCAGCCCGGGUCGUGGGGCGACGUCACUUCCUUCAGCGGCUUUGUCCACCACCUUCGGCGGGGCGACUAUGGCACGUUCCGCCUUUUCUCGACCGAGAAGGAGACCGAAGGACUCUACGAACGCCUCGUGCUCUACUUUGCCGACCUCGUCCAGCGCGAGGGCAGCUAUGUCGUGGCGCCGUUGGCCGUCGUUGGCUGCGUCGCGUCGCUCCGCCACGCGGCUGGGCCGGUCGUGCUCGCCAUGUACCUCGUGUACAUACUUGGUUUCCACGCGCUCGCGAAUCUCCCGCUCACCGAAGGACUUCUCUACGGCGUGCACAUGCGCUUUUGGCAGCAGCCCAACGUCCUGGCGUUCACGUAUGCGGGCGUCGGACUCGGCACUCUCUUGCAGGCCCUGCCGACGCGGCCGACGUGGCGGCUUGCGAUUGGUGCAACGUGCGCCGUGGGCGCGGGGGUCGGGCAAUACCUUCGCUGGCACGACCUCUGCGACCAAAGCAGCGCUUCGUACAUUGCGCAGUACGCCAAGGCGCUUCUGGCCCCGCUCCCAAAGAAUGCACUCGUACUGAUCAACUACGACUUGCAGUGGACGUCGAUGCGGUACCUUACACGCUGCGAAGGCUACCGACCGGACCUCACGAUCAUCAACCUCUCGAUGAUGACGUAUGCGUGGUUUGGCACCAAGCACACACAGUACCCGGAGCUAAUUUUUCCUGGCUCACACCUCGUGCCGGCGUCGGCCUCGCAAAAUGGCGGGUUCAGCUUGUUGCAACUGCUCAACGCCAACGCCAAGCGCUAUCGCAAGGCCGGCAUCUACCUCGGCGGCCAGCUCAACUACAAGGAUACCGACCUCUUGCGCGCGUACACGUUCGUACCGCACGGCCUCCUCGACAAGCUGCACAAGUCGUCGCAACCCGUGUACCGCCGCCUCGAGACGUGGCAUGCGCAAAUGACCGCGACGCUCCGUGUCGUCCAUCGCCACCUGCCGUCGCUGCCACCGCCGUCCCGCUACAACGACGAGACGUGGGAGUGGACCAUCGCGCGCGACUACCACAUGAAGAAGCUUUCGCUAGCGACCUUUCUCUUGGACGAGACGAUCAAGGCCAAUGGCUCCAUCGCUUGGCUCGCCGAGGCGGCCAAGCCCAUGGAGCAUUCGCUCCUCUUUGAGCCAAAGCAGUUCUGGACCGACGACCUCCUCAAGAACCUCGGUCUCGCCUACGCCUACAUCGUCAAGUCCCCAGAGACGUUUCCGGCCGAGGCGACGGACGUGCUCUUGCCGCACGUUGGUGCAAGCGUGUCGGAUGCAACCAAUUGGAAGGACCGCGCGAGUGCGCGCAUGUUGGAAGUAUGGCACAUGUGGCUGCAGCUGCCGUCGGCCAAGCGCGAUCCAGGCUACGCGGCCAUUCAAGGCAUUGUCGGUCAGUUCCUCCCGUCGUCAGCUGGGCACACGCCAUCAACAUAA